AUGUCCAACUGGGUAACUAACCAAAAAGAUAAUGAUGCUUGGGGUUCCCGAAAUUCUAACAAUAAGACGGGAUGGGAUGACAAUGAGGAUAAUCAAAAUAAUAACCGAGAUGCAAAUUACGAACCUACAGAACAACAAGUUCGGAAGUCUAGUUAUGACGAAAAUUCGAAGGAAAAGAAGAUGUCUCGUAAGCUAGGUCGGAUACUUGUCCUUUCUACAUUUUUCUCCGUCGUCGUGGCGACUCUGGGAUUUCGACUAUACUUUGGAAGUCUCGUCAGUGCCUGCGUCAAGGACACCAGCAAUCGAUUAUCGAAGAAUCCAGAAUGGAAGGAAAGACAUAAGACGCGUGAUGAUCUUAACCCGACUCCAGAUGAGGACGAGCUGACCGAAGUGCUAAAGGAUGAGAUCUUCGGCCCAUGCAUACUUCUACCGAUUAUCUGCUCUAUAACACAACUCACUUCGUUGAUUAUAUUGUUGAAGUCGAAGAUGCAGAAGCCAAAAUGGGGAAAACAACUGACGAUGGCCAUCAUGUUCUUAAUCGCUGGAACUUCAUGUGUCUAUUCAGUUAUUUGCGCGCUCUUGAAUUUGAUGCAGAGAAAGCUCUAUUGCAUCUUCUGGGUUACCGCUGUAUUCCCGACACUGAUGAUGUUAUCGCUUGGUGGACAUUGCUUCGUUUGCUACAUCGUCUUCUCUACAAAAGCCGAGCAUCGAAUUGAAGAAAAUCUGAAGGAAAUUAUGGACAAAGAUGAACUACAGACAAAUCGACAAGAUCUGGAAGACUUCCGUGCGUCUUCGGGUGGAAUCCCGCCUGCUGGAUCAAAGGUUAAAUACGAAAGACGAUAA